AUGGAGCAAGAAUCAAGGCAAUUCCGUGGAGGAGUAGAAAUUAGAGGAGUAACAUAUCGUGGAUUUCAUGGAACAUCCCUUGAUGGCAGAGCUAUUAUCCUAAAUUGUGGAGAAUCAGGUUGCUACGACAUCGUAUUGGAUCAAAUUAACAUUGCCUCUUCUUUACCAACAAAACCAGCUUAUUGUUCCUGCGUUAAUGCCCAUGGAACUGUUACAUCUACUUUUGGUGCUAAGGGAGAUGGAGAAACAGAUGAUUCACAAGCAUUUUUAAGAGCAUGGCAAAGCAUAUGUGGAGCUCAAGGGAAGUCAACUCUAGUCAUACCUCCAAACUAUGUCUUCUUGUUGUUUCCCUUCACCUUAAAGGGUCCUUGCCAAGCCUCAAGUAUCCAAAUUCAGAUUCGAGGAAAACUAGUUGCACCUGUGAAGAAAGCAUGGGUAUCUUAUACUUCUACAUGGAUUUCGAUGACAAAUAUAAAUGGUCUCACAAUCGAUGGAAGUGGAGGAUUAAUCGAUGGCAAGGGUUCUUCUUGGUGGCCAUGCGAAAGCUGUCAACGACCAUCGGUGAUUAAUUUCAAUGCAUGCAAUGGUCUUACUGUUAAUUACCUGAACAUCAUUAACAGUCCAAGAGCUCACAUAUGCGUCAAUGAUUGUGUUGGUGCCAAAUUCUCUCGCAUCAGUAUUCGUUCUCCUGCUAACAGUCCCAACACUGAUGGAUUUGAUGUCUCUGCCUCCAAAAAUAUCUGGAUCAGAGAUUCAAUUAUAGCAUCUGGUGAUGAUUGUGUUGCCAUCAGUGGUGGCUGCUCUUAUGUCAAUGUUACUGGGAUUGCUUGUGGACCAGGCCAUGGAAUUAGCAUUGGAAGCUUGGGUAAAAGCAAUGAUAAUUCAGUGGAACAAGUUCAUGUUCAAAAUUGCAACUUCACAGACACAACAAAUGGAGCCAGAAUCAAGACAUUUGCAGGUGGAUCAGGUUAUGCAAAAGGAAUAACUUUUGAGAAAAUUACAUUGAUACGUGCCCGAAACCCAAUAAUUAUUGACCAAUUCUACACUGAUGAUUAUUCAAAGAGUGGAGUGGAAGUGAGUGGGAUCACAUACCGUGGAUUUCAAGGAACAUGUGUGUAUGAUAAAGCAAUUACAUUAAAUUGUGGUCCACAAGGUUGUUUCGACAUUGCAUUGGAUCAAAUCGACAUUGUCUCUGCUCUACCAGGAAAGGCGGUUUCUUGUUCUUGCAAUAAUGCCCAUGGAAAAGCUACAUCUACUUCUCCAAAUUGUCCUUGCUUAUUGGCAUGA